GUAGAUGACUUUGUUUUUAAAAUAAUUCAGUCUCGAAUAUUAGAUUGAUCUCAUUUGAAUUCGUUUCAGUAUAUUUGUGCGUGAUAAAAUGGGUGUUAAUUUAUUUAUUUUAUUGACGGUUGCAAUCAUUUAUUUAUUCAAGUUAUGGCCGCGAGUUUGGAAUUUUUUGCGAAUUGUAAAAUUUUCAAAAACACUUAAAGGACCGGGUCCCAAGGAACUGAUAGAACAGAUACAAAAUGGAGAACUUCUAUACUGGCUAAGAAAUCUACGCACUCGAUACGGUGCCACUUUUGGAAUAUGGUUUGGUCUUGAUUUUACUGUUUUCCUAACGGACCCCGAGGAUAUUAAACUCAUUUUGGGUAGCAACCAUAGCCUGCACAAAUCGAGAAACUAUAAGACCAUAGAACCAUGGUUGGGAAAAGGGUUACUCUUGAGUAGCGGCGAAUUAUGGCAUAGCAGGAGGAAAAUGUUAACACCAGCUUUUCAUUUUAAGAUGUUGGCUGAAUUUAAACAACCUAUGGAAGACAACUGCAAUAUACUUAUUGAAAAACUUAAAGAAAAAGCUAACGGUGAAGCUUUUGAUAUAGUAUAUCAUUAUAUAACUCUUCUUGCUCUGGACAUAAUCUGCGAAACUGCAAUGGGUAUUAAGAAAAAUGCUCAGCUGCAGAGUACAUCGGAAUAUGUGACUGCUGUCCAAAACAUGUGUCGGAUAUCUCAUAGGCAGUCAUUUUCACCAUGGAAAAGGAUAGCAUUUCUCUUUAGAUUCACGGAAGAUUUCAAAGAACGGAAUCAUGCCUUGGAUAUUCUGCAUGGAGAAACAAACAGAGUCAUUGCAAUGCGAAGAUCGUCCCUUAAAACUUCAAACAUCCAGACCUUGGCUGACGCCGCAAACACUAUCGAUGAAAGCGGUGUAAAAAAACGAUUAGCAUUUUUGGAUAUUCUUCUAUUGGCUCAAGCGGAAGGAGCUGAUUUGUCAGAUGUUGAUAUACGCGAAGAAGUUGAUACAUUUAUGUUUGAGGGUCAUGAUACCACAAGUUCAGCAUUAGCCUUUGCCAUAUACUUACUUUCUCAAAAUAAGGCUGCUCAACAAAAGGCCUUCGAAGAAGCUGUAGCUUUGGAAGGCAAAGAAAAAGAUACCAUGAAAUAUCUUGAAGCUGUGAUCAAAGAAACUCUUCGGUUAUAUCCUUCAGUGCCGUUUUACAGCCGAUUGAUGACAGAAGAUGUCAAAAUUCGAAAUCUUCACAUGCCCAAGGGUUCUGCAGUAUCCCUUUUAGCUUACGCAGUGCAUAGGAAUGAGAAAUAUUUCCCUGAACCGGACCUAUUUAGUCCAGAACGAUUUUUAGAUGAAGAAAAUCAAUUACAUCCGUAUGCGUUUAUUGCAUUUAGUGCUGGUCCCAGGAACUGCAUUGGACAAAAAUUUGCCAUGCUGGAAUUAAAGUGCACCUUGUCAAAUAUUUUAAGAGAAUAUGAAUUAUUGCCGGUAGAAGGCUUUGUUCCUCUGCCAUUGGCGGAAUUAGUUCUCAAAAGCGGAAAUGGCAUUCAAGUGAGACUAAGAAAACGUUAAAUGAAUUGAUGGAAGUUUCAAGACUUAAUUGGGAAUAAAUAAGUUACAUUCAAAAUUCUGUUUAAAAUAAAAACUUCAGUGCUAAACUAGUUUUAUAGGUAUAUGUACGUAUAGUGUAUUAUUGUUAUUUUUAAGCGGUUGAAGAACAAUAAAAUAAAACAAAAACGUA